AUCAAACGCCUCACAUGUUGCUUCGAAAACGUAAACAAAAGCUGAGUGAUUUCAAGAUGUGAGAUUUUGACGAGAUAAUAUUUAGUUUUUAUUAUUUGUUUAAGUUAUGUUUCUUUAAGUUUGACUUGUGUUAAGAAACAGAAAAAAAAUACAAUAUGAAAAAGGUAAUUAUCCCAGUGAGUGGGAGUAAUAUUCCUCCCCUCAUGACAAUGGGAGGAACACAGGAAGGAAAAGUAGUGCUUUCAAAGCCCGUCCAGCCUAUAUCAGUAAAGACCUUAAAGUCAACAUCCAGUCCCACAAAGCUCAACACCCAGCCUCUGGUGCUACAAAUGAACCCACCAAAGUCGAACAUUUCUAACAUGCGCUUAGUGCAGACCUCAACCGGGAAAAAGCUACUAUUAACCAAUGUGGUGAAUGUAUCCAGACCUUCGACAAGCAGACAAGUUUUGUUAGUUCCCAAAGGUAAUACUCAGGCUACCAACACCUCGUCACCAGUUAGUCCGGUGGUUGCUGCCAAUGCCCCACGCACAAUUGUUCUCCAAACCUCAGCAUCUGCACCAUCUAGUGAUGGACAAUCAUCAGCUAUUAAUCAGCCCUUGAUGUUGAAGGUUGCUGGGAUGAAUCAUCCAUUUACGUUCAAACAAAGCUCCCAAGCUCCAGCAAAUAGUAUUAAAGAUGAGCCUGACAUUAUGAAGCCUCCAGUGAUAACUGUUCUCAGCAACUCCACAGCCUCACUCACCACCACUUCCACCAUCACCAAACCUGUUACAUCACUUGGUGCUGCUUCAAACCCCAUCAUGAUUUUAAAUAAUGGUACAACAACCUUUAAGGUAGUGGGGACACCUGUUCCUGUAAAACUCAACCCCAAGCUUCAGAAGAUAGCACCAAAAGCCCAGUUUAUUACAGGAUCCUUCUCACCCCAGCUUUCCUUACCGCCCCUUAAGAAGUUUGGGGUCGUGCAAACUGUGCAGUCUGCCAGUCCGCUGAAAAAUGGAAUUUCAACCAAGCCUCCAGCUUAUUUGAACAUCCAAGUUAAAGAAGAACCUAAGGACAUACCAGCUAAUGAGUCCAUUACUGUUGAUGGUGUAUGCAUCAAGGAGGAGAAGGAAGACCAAAAGGAGCUCGAGGACACCUUUCAAGAGCCCCCAGUAAUUGAUCCUGUGUUAGAUGUCAGAAUUAAAGAGGAACCUGUAGAUGAACAGAGUGAGUUGUUGGCCAAGGAUGAGCAGCUGAGGCAGGUGUUGGGAGUAAGCAGCUCCAUCAAUGUAACUCCUCAUCCAAGGUUUUACAUCCGCACAUCAGAGGGUAAACUGGUGUCUAUCUCUAAUGAGGAAGCUGAGGCUCUGGGCCUUGACCAUAAUGAUAAGGUAGAGAAUAACCAAAAGAAACUCUUAAAUGCUCUCACUAAUGUUAAGACCAUGGGUUUAUUAAAGUCAUUUAAUUCAGAGGAGUUGAACAGUAAAAUGAAACCAGUGCCUACUAUUUUGAUUCCAGAUAAUGUGAAUGUUAAAGAUUAUGUCAGUCGUCAUGUUCCACCAGAAGCCGAAAAGGCAGCUGCUUUAAUGAAAACUCUUAGUGGCAAGAUAGUCGAAACAAGCAACAAAUUUGCUCUCACUCCAAAGAGCAAUACAACUAUAAUUGGGGAAUUUUCAGAAUCGGGAAGGCGAUAUCUCAGGAUUCGAAUAGAAACUGAAGCACAGGAACAAGAUGUGUGUGACAUUGUCAUAACACCGCUCAAUGCUUUCCGGUGUCCAUUUUGUGCUAGAGACUUUAAAACUAAAGAUCACAUUAUAUCCCACAUUCGAGUGCAUACAGGGGAAAGACCAUAUCCUUGUGACGUGUGUGGGAAACGUUAUCGUCAGAGAAUUGAUAUUGUUCGUCAUAUGCGCAUUCAUACAGGUGAAAAACCCUUUACUUGUGGAAUGUGCAAUGCCUCUUUUAAUCAGAAGUCCAACUUGCGAUCUCACAUGAGGAUUCAUACAGGUGAACGCCCAGUUCAGUGUAGAGUGUGUGGCAAAGGUUUUUCUCGUAACACGCAUUUAAAACAACACAUGAAGCUCCAUACUGGGGAGAAACCAUUCCAGUGUAGUGUAUGUCUGCGUCCAUUUCGCUUCAAAUCUGGGCUUCAAGCCCAUGAGCGUAUUCACUCGGGUUUGAAGCCUUAUGCAUGUAGUUUAUGUGGACGAACUUUCACACAGAUAGUAGGAUUGAUUCGUCAUGAGCGCACCCAUACUGGUGAAAAACCAUUCCGUUGCCAGAGCUGUGGGAAGUCGUUUGAUAAUCGUGAGAAUCUGAAAGCCCACGUUCUGAAACACACUAGUGAAAGACCAUUCAUAUGUGACUUGUGUGAAAAAACUUUUACGGAUCAGUCAUCAUUGCGAUGCCACCGCAAGAAAUAUCAUUCUAACCUCUUACUUUGUGUCAUUUGUCUUCGUGAAGACUUUAAGGAUCGAAUAGAGUUAAGAGAACACCUUCGUGCGCAUGAAAGAGAAAACUGGCACGAAACUCCGGAUGGGGACCUAAUACCAAUCAUACGGGAUAACGAGUCAGAACCAAGUGUAGGCGUAGACGACACAAUGGAGAAUAUAAUGGAAAGUGAGUACAUACAUUCAGGUAAGAGUGUUAUCACUUCAGAGGAAAGUGCUGAAGAAAUUCAAGUUGAGGUAGAACUGGAUCCAGACGACCCAAUGGAAAAUGAUGAUAUUGCAUAUGAUGAAGAUGAGGAUAGUGAGUAUGAAGAGCAUGAACUACAGAUUGAAGAAUCAGAUCCUCUAGCUUGAUGAGUUUUUUAUGUUUCCGAGGAUAUUCUUGGAGGAGGUGAUAACACAUUGCAGUGAGGCUUUAAAUUAAUUUAAAGUCCCAAAUCACAUCACCCAGAAUUUUUUCUUUUUAGAUUAUUGUUACAUUCAACAUUGAGUUAUUUAAAAUUUCCUGGAAAUUUUCAGUACUUUUAUCUCUGUAUAGAGUAAUUUAAGUAAUACAGUAUAUUCAUGUGUUGACCCUUGUCAACUAAUUAUUGGUUGAUUUUAGUGUUGACAGAUUUUAGCUUAAGAAGGUCCUAUGCUUCCCCAUUGUACUAUGUAAAUGGUUACCAAGGAACUUCAUAUAGAAACAUGUGCCUUGUUGUGCCUUGCAGAUCUGUAGUGUGUAGUUUUUGUUAUACUUACUACUGUAUAUGCCUAUAUGUACUGUUACAAAUGCUGUGGACUGGUAUUUUUAUAAACACAUCAGAUUUAUUAUAAGAUAUUUCAUUGUUAUGUGACCAUAUUUAAUGUACAUUAACUUAAGGUAUGUUGAUGGAUGCAGUUGAUGUAGAUACAGUUAUUGACCAUUAUACAAUGUAUUUAUAUGCGCUCAAUCAGUGUUAUGAUUUAAAAAGAUUUGCCAAUAUGUGAUGCCUAAAGAUCUGUUUUAUGAUGUUUGCUAUCCAAAUGCUUUUCCUGCAUUGACAUUUCUAUGAAAGAGUGAUGCGCAACAAUUGACAAUAUUCACAGAUAUAUAUGACUCGAUAUCCCAAUGGCAUAACGUAUGCGACCCGCGUGGGAGGUUCUACCCAUCCCUGGUGAUUGCCAGACUAAGCAGUUGAACUGUCACAUCACACAGGAUGGUUUGCAUGUAGAAGAAGCAAUUCUUAGUACAUAAUGAUAAUAUAUACUGUACCAGUAAAUGUGAGGAAUAAAUGAUAAUAAUAAAUAAAAUAAAAGAAAAAAUACGUACUGUACUGCCAUUUGUCAACCAUUUCCCGGGGACAUAAGACACAGAACAGUUGAGAGAUCUCCCACGUUGGUUCUUGCUCCUCCUCUCCCGCUCUGUUGGCUAACUGCCGACCAUAUAAGAAUUGUUUAUUCACUUUAUGUUUUUGACCUUAUAAUUAUUUUUUUUUUUACUUUGUUUGCACAUUCUGUAUGACUAGUAAUGUAGUUUGCAGCUCAGCCGCACCUGCUCUGUGUGCUACUGAGUGGCAAGUUGGCUCCGCAAUUACAUGCCAUCUCCACGGUUAUUAUUCUUCGUUAUUUAUUUAUAUUUCUAUAUUUAUUUUUACAUAGAGUGUACCCACAUUAAUUUGACAAAAAGGGGACACUUGGUCACUCGAAUUGAUGAAACAUCCAGUGCUUAAGAGAUAGUGAGUUCUGGCAACAUUGUGAGGGAGAGCAGAAAUGAUCAACUGUUAAUGCUUUUUAAACAAGAGACUGACAAUAUACUAUGGCACAAUUGCUCAUCUGGGGUUGAGUGUGGGAUAUUUUUUGGAAAAAUUAAUUAUUUCUCGAUGUUUUGUUAAUCCAACACCAAAUGAACCUAAAUAAUAUGGGAAUUAUGGUGAAUUGGCAUGCUGUAGUUAUAAAGGCAUCCCAGGCUACUGAGCUGCUCCCUCAUCCGCACUCAAACGUAGUUUUAUAUAUUAAUAUACAGUCUCUGCUCGACUUACGACAUAUUCGACUUACGACAACAUGGACAUACAACGGCCAUGGUCGUAUAAAAU